AUGGUGUUGCCGAUAAUGUGGAGCGUCAUACCGAUAGUUCUCGGAUGUGCAGCGACAUCUCCUGGCACAUCGCCAACAACUCUUAGUCCAAUAAGGACCACCACUGUCCCAGCGACGACUACCACUGCUAUGCGGACCACCACUGCUAUGCGGACCACCACCACAACUACCACUACGACUACAGCUGCCCCACUGGCCUGUCAAAGCUGUGAUGUGUCACAAGUGUCGUUCGAUGGUUCGAAUGGUGAUCCUAGCAGUAUAGCUUCAUCUUCCAGAGUGGAGGCGAAUGACCCGCAAACUGGCUGCGCACGACUGACGGCGAUCUGUAACGCUCAGGCAGGUUUUGUGAGCUUCAUGGAGUUCAACUUGGGCCAAGGUGGUCCGGAAGAAAACCAGGACUUCACACAGACUGUCGAAGCUCUCCUGGAGUGCAGUGACGACGGUCAGUGGUAUUACCGAACAAGUGCGAAUCAACCAGUCACUUCCGUUCAAUGCACUGAGUUUGACGCAGCUGGCUAA